UGAGUUGCAUACCCCUGAUUUGGGUUGUACUGCAUUUGUAAGUAUGUAUGUUAUGCAGUAGGCCCAGAAAUUAAUAAGACGACGUGAUUGUGUUCUGCUGUUGAGAUUGUGCAGUGAAUAUGGGGAAGGCAAAGAAGUUGAAAAUAAGCAGACGUGGACCGAAAGUGUCACUGGAGAAGCAGAUUGAAGAUGAUCAUUUUGUCAAACCAUCCAGUCGUGUUAAAGUUCGGAUAAGGAAGGACGAAGAUGAAGAGUUUGUGGAUGCACAUUUGUCUAAACGCAUCCUACAUGAAGCUCGUAGACAACAGCAAGAGAUUGAUGAUGAUGCUGGUAACUCAUCAUCUGUGUCAAAGACACAAGUUACUAAGCUUGGAGAUGCAUCUGAUGAUUCUGGUGAUGACGCAGAAGUUCAGGAUGACAUGGAUGGAGACUAUUAUGAAAAUAUUGAAGUGGAUGAGGAUGAUGAAAGAGCCUUGGAAAUGUUCAUGAAUCGUAACCCAGCUCCACGUCGGACCCUUGCUGAUAUUAUUCUGGAAAAAAUUACUGAAAAACAGACUGAACUUCAAACCCAAUUCUCAGAUGCUGGAAGUUUGCAGAUUCAAGAUUUGGAUCCAAGGGUUAAACAGAUGUAUGAAGGAGUUCGGGAUGUCCUGUCAAAAUACCGAAGUGGCAAGCUUCCAAAAGCCUUUAAAAUUAUUCCAAACCUUCGUAAUUGGGAACAGAUUCUCUAUGUUACAGAUCCAACAUGCUGGAGUGCAAGUGCCAUGUACCAAGCAACUCGGAUAUUUACAUCAAAUCUCAAAGAGAAAAUGGCUCAGCGAUUUUUCAACCUAGUUCUUCUUCCACGAGUAAGAGAUGACAUUGGAGAGUACAAACGGCUCAACUUCCAUUUAUAUCAGGCACUGAGGAAGGCUCUCUUCAAACCUGGAGCAUUCAUGAAAGGCUUUCUGCUACCAUUAUGUGAGAGUGGAACCUGCACAUUGCGGGAAGCCAUCAUCGUUGGUUCUGUUAUUGCUCGUAAUUCCAUUCCAAUACUUCAUUCAUCAGCAGCCAUAUUGAAAAUUGCUGAGAUGGACUACACAGGUGGUAACUCCAUAUUUUUACGCAUAUUCUUUGACAAGAAAUAUGCUCUGCCAUAUAGAGUUGUGGACGCUGCAGUAUUUCAUUUCCUCAGGUUUCAGCGUGACAGUCGUGAAUUGCCUGUUCUGUGGCAUCAGAGUUUAUUGACAUUUGUACAGCGUUAUAAAGGUGAUGUUAGCACAGAGCAACGAGAAGCCUUGUUGGAGCUCCUGAAACAUCAGUCACAUCCUUUUAUUACUCCAGAAGUUAGAAGAGAACUCCAACAUGCUAAAUGCAGAGAUGUGGAGGGUGAGGAACCUAUGGCUGAGUGAGGAGUACCAGAGUGUUUAAGUGAUAGUUGGGGAGACUGACUCCGACUUCCAUCCAAGAUCAACUUGGCUAGUCUUCUGGAUGACUACUGCAUCUUUAAUAUUCAUAAUUCUUUGCAUGGAACAUCAUAGCUUUGAUGAUUCCUUAGUCUGUAUCAAAUAGGACUCUGGAAAUAAAAUGUUUAUAUAAUAAUUUCUUAUUAUUUAAUUUGUCUUUUCUAAUUUCUGGCUAAAUAAAUGUUUAAGAAGUGAAAAACAAAACAACACAUGCAUCGCUACAUUAUGUGAGAUAAAACUUUGGUACUUCUUGAGCACUCGGUUUUUGUGUACAAUCAUUUGCUUGUGUUGCCUCAGCUCUGGGUUAGUAUUUGCAGCAUUAUUACAUUACAGUUAACCCUGAUUUAAUUGCA